UUGGCAGCACUGCUAGCCUCGUAACAAAUCUCACCCAUGUCGAGUCGAGCGCGAGAGACAGGAGCGUAAGCUUGUCCGCGAUCGUUUGUCCGCGUUCGACAAGUCUUUCAAAUAUCGUGUGUGCAAUCAUUAAACGGUAUAUCUAAAGAUAAUCAUAUUUGUAUAAUCAGUUUUCGAAAUAAAAAUUUGGGAAGACUUGGAAAGUGAAGACUGCGAAGGAACUACAGUUAAUACGGGCUUGUGUGUGGGCAUAUAAUAGCCGAUCGGGCAUACUGGUGACACGAUUGCGGAUUUUCCUUCAACAAGAAAGAACAUACGAAGCUCGCAAAGUGCAUGUGCUAGUGUGCGUGUCACUGGAAAGAGUUCAGAGCCGCUUCGGCGGCGCUCCCAAAUCUAACCGCAGAAUCGAGUCUGUGGUGGUGAGGCCGCGGCACUAUCGGGGCACGAUUGAGUACGAUCACGAUCGCACGCGGCGGGGCCGUUUGUAAUGGAGGAGGUUUCCGAGUGUAUUCCCGUGCGACAGAACAGUCACGGCGAUGCACGCCGUAUUGACUGAGACGCGAUAUCUAUCGUUGACUAUUCCUCCCGGCCGGCCGGGUGAAAGAGGCAGGUCGAAAUUGGUAUGGAAUCGUCCAGGGUCCUCGACACGACGAACACUCUCUCCCGUCUGUGAUAAUUACUAGCCCCUUAAAAAGAGAUAGAAGAAGGGAAAAAGAGAGAGAUAGAGCUGUGUGUGUUUCGCGCGUGUUCUCAUCUGCUCUCUUCAUUACGUUUUUAAGUGUAAACAUUUCCCAAAAUUCAUUUCGAGGUUAGGAUAGCAUGGGGAUUGAUCCCCUGAAGGCAUCGACCGACAAACCGUGACACCUGCGACUCGCCGUGUUACGGUGUGUGCGUGUGUGUGCGUGCAUAUGUGUAUUCUCCCAGGAAGCCGCUGGAGUAUUAUUUUUCAUCGGCGGCCAUCCAAGGGAAGACCAAAGAAGAAAAUAUGUCAAGAAUGGGGAUCGAUCCCCAAUUAAAUGCCGUGCAUCGUUUACAUCAUUAAUUCGAUCCGGGACUAACAUUGGCAAUUUUUUAUCAUACAAUCGAUCCUUUCUGUCACGUUAAACAGACUGUCGCGGAUUAUUCUGCCACGACAGAGGACACUCGCACCAUGCAGAAAAGAGACGGUAGAGAUACACAGCUACAGCUCGCGCGUAGCUCUGAACGCGAACAGGAAACGACCAAGAGGAUCUCUCGUGGUAGCGGUAAUGCUACUAGAUUCAACGCGUAUUCCUCCAGGUACAGUGUCACCUCCUCCUCUAAUGUACUCAUGGUCGGUCCGAACUUCCGUGUUGGCAAGAAAAUUGGCUCUGGCAACUUUGGAGAACUUCGACUUGGAAAGAACCUCUACAAUAACGAGCAUGUAGCAAUUAAAUUGGAACCAAUGAGGUCAAAGGCGCCGCAGCUACACUUAGAAUAUAGGUUUUACAAAUUAUUAGGAGCUAAUGAGGGUGUACCAGAGGUGUAUUACUUCGGUCCUUGCGGGAAGUACAACGCUCUCGUGAUGGAACUUCUCGGACCAAGUCUGGAGGAUCUGUUCGAUCUCUGCGGUAGGAGGUUUACUCUAAAGACCGUUCUCAAAAUCGCCACACAAAUCCUCCACAGGAUAGAAUACGUUCAUAGUCGGCAUUUGAUCUACCGCGAUAUCAAGCCUGAAAACUUCCUGAUAGGACGAUCCUCGACCAAACGGGAAAAGAUCAUCCACAUCAUCGAUUUCGGACUGGCCAAAGAGUACAUAGACCUGGAGACGAACAAACACAUACCGUAUCGGGAACACAAAAGCCUGACGGGCACAGCGCGUUACAUGAGCAUCAACACGCAUCUUGGAAAAGAGCAGAGCAGAAGAGACGAUCUAGAAGCGUUAGGCAACAUGCUGAUGUACUUCCUGCGUGGUAGCCUUCCGUGGCAAGGGCUGAAAGCGGACACGUUGAAAGAACGAUAUCAGAAGAUCGGCGAUACGAAGCGGAACACACCAAUCGAGAUUCUUUGCGACGGGCAUCCCGAAGAAUUGGCUACGUACUUGCGAUAUGUGCGUAGAUUGGAUUUCUUCGAGACGCCCGACUACGAGUACCUGAGGAAUCUCUUCAACGACUUGUACGAGAAACGGGGUUUUGUCAACGACGAGGAAUUCGACUGGACUGGCAAGACGAUGCCACACAACUUCGACCAGCUUAGAAUUCUGAAGAUGGCUCCUCCCUCUCACAUUGGGAAAACUAGAUCCGAAAAGUCUACACCUGUUGGAUCCUUGCAGACUGGACAAGAGAUUAUUGUAUCUCCAAAUCGUGAUCGGCAUCCGUAUAAAGAUGUGACAGAACCAGGGGUGGGAGGCGGGGGCGGUAAAUGGGUGGGAACCUCGAGGACAGAUACUGCGAAGCAAUCAGGAGCUGGUGGUACAUUGACACCCGCUGAUAGGCACGGUUCUGUUCAGGUGGUAUCUUCGACGAAUGGAGAACUAGCCAAUGAUGAUCCUACAGCAGGACAUUCUAAUACGCCAAUUACUGCGCCUCAAGAAGUAGACAUGGUCGACGAAACGAAUGUUUGGUUUAUUUGCAGAUGCUGUUGUUUCUUCAAACGGAAGAAGAAGAAAACUGGAAGACAAAAGUGACUGUCUGUUAUCGUCAGUCUUGGGGGGGACAAUACAGUGCGCGUGUAACAGAAGUGCAGAUGAAGUUUUUUUGGAGAAUGUGUCGCGGCAGUGCGUGAAAGGACCAUGGACAAGAAAAGCUGCAGCCGAUCCGCAAUAGGGGAGGCCGUUACCUUGCUACGUGCCGGAAGUCGAUCCGCUUCUCAAGAUUCGGUGCUGCACAUCAUCGUCACGAUGUCACGCCUCCGUCGUUAUCAAAUUAAACCACAGCCAUCAUUAUUACCGCUAUUAUUAUUACUAUUAUUAUCAUUAUUAUUAUCACGAUUAACUUUGCUCUUCUUCUUUUUCUUCUAAUUACGAUUAUUAUUACGAUCACUAUUAUAAUAUUAUAUUAUUGCUAUAUUAUUUUAUUAUUAUUAUUAUCGUUUAUGAUUAUCAUCGUCAUUUCGUGUACGAUCAUCGUUCAAAUGAAAGAAGAACAUCGUUUGUCAAUGUCGAUGUUAGCGAAUAUAUUGUAAACUUGUGACUGAAGAUAGUCGAGCCGUUGGUUCCGACCGUUUAACACCGGCAAAUUGGUCUACCUACGUAACACGCAUAUGUAAGAGUAAGGAAUUGACGUACGGAUGGUGAAAGAACGUGUUUGUGCCUCUCAUCUUGUUCCGCGGUGGCGCGCUUUUCAACACGUCAUCAUUGCGAAAUGUUGUCACGAUAUACGUGUAUUAAAUCGUAAAACAAUUGAAGCUGAAGAUCUCAUUUUACUCAAAGUCCCGGAUAACGAGCGUAGCGUACUCCUGCUUGUAUCGAAGUUUAUAAACAAACAUUUAUGAAGUCUGAUCGACUUGAAAGGCAUGAAACUGAAAGGGUAAACACGUUCGCGUCUGCUUAACUCCGGUCCGGUUCCAAACGCGUUUCAUACAGCGGCGUUCUUCAAAUUCGUGUAAGUUGCCUUUCCUUUGUUUUUCUUUUCCAAUGACUACUGACAAAUAAACGAUCGAAAUUCAUGUAACGCGUAUUUUUACACUUCUUUGUUGUUUUCCCAUAUUUCCGAAUAUUUUUUUCUCUCUCGUCGUCCUUCUCAUUAAUUAUCUAACGAAUAUUUCCUGUUUAAUGAAAAAUUACCCUUUUACGUUUAUUUUCUACGAUACACGAAGUAUAACAGUAUUAACGCUAUCUAGUAGAUAGCAGCAGAUUCGUGCUAAAUUGCACUUAUCGCGUUUUAGUUAACAAUUUUUAACUAAUUUUAUUUUACGCCUACACUGCCUGUUGUUAUUCUAUAUAAGUACACGAUUAUAUAUGAAAUCCUUAUACCUACUGUACAUAAAAUGUAUCAAGAAUUACAUAUUUUGCUACGAAGCUGCUCAUACUUUGUAUCGAAUAUUUCAGUUAAUCGUAUAUCAUUUAACGAGCUUCGUGAAACCUCGAAAUGGAUGUUAAUAUAUAUAUUCUAAAGUGGAAGAAUAAUGCAAGAAUAAUCGCAAUUCUAAAUUGUCCGAUUUCGGUUUCAUGCCUUCCAUGAAUUCAUUAUGUAAAAGCUUAUACGUCGCAGGAAUCAUACAAAUUACAUUUUACAUUACAUAUCGAAACAAAUAAAAGAGAAAUUAAAAAUUUUCGUCUGUAGAUUCCGAUAUCUACCAUGAAAAUUGAAUAGAACGUAGAUCAACAUAUUAUACACAUGUAUUCGAUAUAAUUGAUCCGUGUUCUAUCAAAACACGAAGAUUCGGGAAACUUUCUUGAAUCGUAUCUUAUCACCCAUAAAAGGAUCCGUUCAUUUCGGACAAACUUUUUUAUUCUUGAAACACGUGUGUUAAAAAGAAAAAAGAUAAUUAUUAGAAUUGUAACAAAAAAAGAGAACCAAAGUAUGCUUGUAAUUGAAUAUACAUCGAUAUAGAUUUGAUUUUAAAGCAAUAAAAAGAACUUUUACCGUC